UGAAGCCUCAAGUAAUCCACACAACACAAGAAACCCUUAUAUCACAUUCCAAACUUCAGGAGAUCACUUUGCUCUCUCUUCUAGCUAAUUACCACUCUCUGGAAUUUACUUUUGUCGACAUUCUGGUAGUUUCCGACAUCUCGAGUCUUUUUUCUCAAUGGAAGAUCUGGUGGCCAAGAUGAUCUCGGAGAAGCCGGUAGUGAUCUUUAGCAAGAGCUCAUGUUGCAUGUGCCACACCAUCAAGACGCUUCUUUGCGACUUUGGGGCAAACCCUACAGUCCACGAGCUAGAUGAGAUUCCGAGAGGCAAGGAGAUCGAGCAAGCCCUUGUGAGACGCGGGUGCAACCCGGCAGUCCCCGCUGUGUUCAUCGGCGGCCAGCUUGUCCGUGGAGCCAAUGAGGUGAUGAGCCCCAUCUCAGUAGGUCCUUGAUCCCUAUGCUCAAACGCGCCGGAGCGUUAUGGGUUUAAAGAUUUCAUCGACAGUCUCAUCCGGCCAAAUAAGAAAGAAGAAUAAAUAAACAAAUGUGUGUUUUUUUUUUUGGUAAAGAACAAAUGUGUGUUUUUGGUACACAUGAGUUUGGAAAUAUAGGUAUAUUAGUCGAACGUGUGGUCACACUAUGAAGAGAGCUUAUCAUAGUUAAUAUUAGACAAAAUCCUAACUUGUACGGGGUUUGUAUCAUUUUGUGGUGACUCCUGUGUCUGAUCUGAGCAAUAAAAGUGACGCAGUUCUGCUAUAUAUCUACUUUUUUUUAUGUA